AUGUCGGCAUCUUCCAUGGGAGAAAUGGUGAUCCAAGACGUCUUGAUGGGCUCGCCCGUCAAGGACGCACCAACCGUCAGCUGUGCCGAGUUGCGCACAGCCUCUCCUGGACCGACAUCCGCAGAGGCAUUCUGGUCCCUCGACCAGUCGCGAGAUGUGACCAGCUUUGACUCACCCGCCGAGUCUCAGCCAACUCCGGGGUCGCCGGGCCCUCCGCUUCUCGUGGACGACCUCUGGCCAGGAGGAAUCGGCCACGAUGCGUUUGACGACAUGACGACCCCUCUGUCUCCCGUGUCUAUCGAAAAGCUGGACACGGGGCUGGUCGGCUUCCUGCCGCUGACGAAACCAAGCCACCCGGGCAUCGACACGUCCGAGAGCGACAUCUACUUGCUCGUGAAUUUCAUGGAGAACAGCUUUGUGCGGCAGUAUUCAUUGCACAAGGCGCCCUCGGUGACGCAGAAAAGUUGGUUGCUGAGCCUGAUGUUUCGCUCCCCCACGUUUUACAACACGUGUCUGAGCAUGAGCGCAUACCACCUGUUUCUGAGCAAGUCGUGUGAAACGGAUGCCCGAGAAGCGGCCCUGAGAAACUACCAGAGGCAUCGAGAACUAGCCCUUCAGAGUUUCGAGAGACUGGAACCGACCACAUCUCCGGUUCGCAGCGAGGUCAUCAUAUGCGGCGUCCACAUCGCUCGCUUGGAGGCACUGGGCAGGAACAUGCAGAGCUGCAAAUGGUUCCUUGAGCGCGUGACCAAAGUCAUUGUUGAGCAGCCAUGUUUGUUUCACGUGGGCCUGGCAUGCGAUCCGGGGCAGACGGAAAAGUCAACGUCGCCUGCUCAAUACACCACACCCGCAGAAUUGCCUUUGCGCCCUGAGCCGACGCUCUCUGUGCCCAUCUCACAGCCGUCCCCAAUGCAACUGGAAGCCGAGGUCCUUUUUGUCUCCACAUUCAUGUGGAACGACAUACUAUGUAGUGCCGUGGAAAAGAAGCGGCCCUGCGCGGCCGGCAUUCACCGAAGGCUCCUGACGGAUGAUGGAUUCGCCUCGGCGUUUAAAGCCAUCAACGGCUGCGAGGCAUGGGUCAUGAUUGCCAUCAUGAACGUCACGUUGCUGGAAAUUCAAAAGAGCGAGCAAGUGGCCCGAGGGAAUCUUAGUAUUCGGGAACUGGUAAGCCAGGCAGACACAAUCGAAGGGGCCGUGGAUCGAGAAAUGGCAAGGAUAUCCAACAUGAGCCCGCCCGACGCCCCAGAAGGGCCCGGAGGCGGCACGGUUCCCCAAGACCUUAUCCAGACGCUUGUAUACGGCCAUGCUAUUCUGAUCUUCCUCAACACUGUCGUGUCCGGAGCCCUGACAGGGGUUCCCGAGAUCCAUCAGAGCAUCAGCCGUGCAAUGAAAGCAUGGGGCAUGCUCCCCGCAACGAUAAACCCAAAGUACUUGGCGUGGGCUUACAGCACCAGUGCGAGUCUCGCAACGGGCUCCCAGCGAGACGUGUUUCGCAACGUGGCUGCGCGAACGUCACACCUCGACGUCGACACGGGCAGUCUGCGCGAGUUCAGCCACGGGGUAGAGGAGUGUUGGAAGGAGACGGAUAAGCACGGCUCCGGCCAUGGCGGCGUCGCUUGCGAUUGGAGGGAGGUUCACAAGAGAGCCAAUCUGAACAUCUUGUUUGUGUAA